AUAAGUUUGAUUAUUACAUCACAUUACUUAUUAUUGUUGACUAAUGAAAAGAUAAUGUUCUCACUGCUAGAUAAUCCCUUAACUUGCAAUUGCCAAAUUAUUUGGCUCAAAUCAUGGUUACUGGAGUCUUCGUCGAUCGGUCCAAAAUGUGCUGAUGGUACUUAUGUUAAACAAAUGCCAUUUUCAAGAAAUGACUGUUUAAAUUAUCCUACUGAAGAUGUUGGAAUUCAAACAUGCUCACCCUUAGAAAACGAAGCCCUGCAGCAGCCUAAUUUGGCGACAUCCCAAGUAUUCUCAACCCGGGAUAAAAUAAAAGAAUAUGAAACUCAAAUAAAGAAUAAUUACGGUAACAGAAACAACAACAGGCCAUUGCCACAGGAAUCAGAUUACUUCUAUGAUGAUUAUGUUGACUACCCAUACAAUGAAACUAUUAUUGAUCACAUGAAUAAUGAAAUAAACCAAACCAGAGAUGUUAACAAGAAUGUUAAUCAUAAUAACAUAGGUAACACUCCCACUCUAUAUGCGGCCAUCAAUAACACAAAUCAUAAGACUGGAGUGGCUUUAAAAGUACCUCAAGCAAAUAGUGGCUUCACAUUCUUUGGGUAUCCCCUACCUUCUAUAGACAUGGGUCAGUUGCUAGGUAAUGGUCGCAAAAUCGAUUGGACAGACCAGAAAAACCCUACAGCAGUGAAAAAGUUUCCAGAAGUAGAUGAACCAAAAUUUGAAACAGGAGGAUUUUCACCAAUGCUUCCAUCCACAACUAAUGGUUUUACUCCUAUAAUUAAUCCUUUGUUAAACACGUCUCGUCCAACCAAGGAAAAGAGUACAAAUUUACCUCCCGUAAAAUCUAUUAAAAUGAAUGAAACAGUAAUUUUGAUGGACAAGAAGUUGCCGUCAAAAAUAAGUCACAAUACAACAAUGCAUAAAAAAGUACAAAGUGAGAUUCAUGAACUAGAAGCUUAUCAUGAUGAUAAUAACAAGACACAUGUAGCAUAUAACAAAACCAAAAAUAUACAGGAACAGAAUGCAGAUCCAUUUAAUGUAAGGAAAUAUAAUUUAAUGGAAUCAAAUAUAACAAUAGCUGAAGUAACCGAGAAAGAGCAUAUUAUAACGACUGACAGUAAUGAUAUGACUUUACAAGACUGGUUAGAGACAAGCAGUGUCCGUCCGACUACUUCCACAUUUAAUGAACGCAAAAUUGAAAAGAUUUAUGACAACCAACCUUCUGUGGUAUCUUCAGUGUUUGUAGCAGACGGUGAUAUAGUCAGUAAGAAUAUGAGCAGAACGGCCACAAUAACAAAGGUGAACAUGCCACAUGCUGAACAUUAUGACUUAAGAAAUAAUAAUUACUCUCCAGUCGUAAACAGGGAACCUAAAAAUUUUUUUGAUUUACAUACAGAAAGUUCAAAAGCCAGACAAACUGAAAAUAAUGAUUGGUAUUAUGAGAAUUAUAACAAAUCAAAUUUAGAACCAUACAUAGAACCCGGUAUAUAUAGUUCCUCAGCUCAUGCUACUUGGCACCAACAUGCCCUAACUACGAUACUACUUAUACUUAUUAGAAUUAAAGUGAUAUAAAUAAAGACCAAAUUUUAAUAAUU